AUGAAAGGUUUUAGGAAUAACUGUUCUAUUGUUUACGGACCAGAGGAAAACAAGUGGGAACUGAUGGGAGAGGUGUUGAACUCUAAGGACUGGGAGGGUGGGUGUGUGGUUGAUGAUGUCCUCUACUUUCUUGAUUGUUCAGGGAAGGCGUUGAGGGCCUUUGACCCAAAGCAGAGCCGCUGGAGUGUCGUCAACGGUUUGGAUGAGUUUCUGGCUGUCGAGACUGCCCAGUCAAAGUGGCCUAAUGCGGUGAAGUGCGGUGAGAAGAAGAUGGCUCUCUUCUUUCCUAAGAAACAUGACGGCAAGGAGGUCAUUUGCUGUGCGCAGAUUGCUUUGGAAAGGCGUCAAGGUGGAGAGAUUUGGGGUAAGUUGGAGUCUUGUGAUGUUGUCGUUGAGGAUGGGCUGUUUGAUAUGGUCAAAUGUGUGGCUGUCACGGUUUGA